AUGGACGCGACGCCGCACCAACGCUUCCGACAAGAUGAGAUUAUUGACUCUAUUGUAGUUAGAAAGGAUAAGACCAUUGGAGAAACCUACAACCGCGUGUCGGAUAUCCAAAGGAUCUUUUCGGGUGCUUCGUUGUUCAAAAUCAAUGGUGUGCAUUUGAACUACCUCGAGGACCAACAUGAACAAGUGACACAGCGACAGCACGACGAGCACCCGAGCAUGGACGAAUAUCAAAACUUUCAGUGUGGUAGCAAUAUCCAGUCCCUUGCCGUUCGAUGGGACACUACCAGGCAAUACCAUUACAGUCGACUGAAGGAUGUCCAGGAAGUCUUUCCCAACGCUGUCCGCUUUAAACGUCGUGUUCAGGUUUUGACCUCCCCACCACUGCAAGGAGACCAGCCUGUUUUCUCGCCUCCUCCACCUUCAUCUCUACCCGAGCUCUUAACAACAUUGUUUGCACAGACAAGUACAACUCAGAGGUCCCCCUCGCCGCCUCCGCACCUUUUUCCUGCCUCGUCCACUUCGUCCCCUUCGCCACCUCUGGAUCAUUCCCCUGCCUCGUCUCCCUCACCCGAGUCGGAUGUUGAAUCCAUGGAGGACGUCACUGCUGUCACUAACUCCAUUGUCAAGGAGAACAUCGCUGCCGCCAAACCCAUUGUCAAGAAGAUCUCCAUCUCCAAAGAACUCCGCCAGCUGAUCGCGAAGAAUAAUGGCACAUAUGACGAGGAUGCUGGAAAGAUUGCUCUGACUCUCACUUCGACUGUUGACUUGAGGCAGUUCUUCAAUAAGCUGGUCAAGGAUGCCAAGAAGACAAGGGAGCUCGACGUUACACUCGAUUAUGAUUUUGGAGCAAGCGACAGCGAGAACAUGGUCAACAAGAUCUACAGGACCGACAUCGCCAUCCUGCGCCUGGACCUCAAAGGAACCUGGGACGAGACACCCGAACAAAUCAAAGAGAGCCUUAACCUCAAGUACCACAAGAUCCAUACGCUCUUAUGGGACAAGAACCUCAAGGGCCUCAUCCUCGAGAACGCAACUCAUUUCGGAUUGCGGGCCAAUCUCCCGCCUGUAAACAAGCUUUAUUCUGGCCUGCGUCUGCUCCAUUUCCUGAUCAAGAUCGAGUCGUCGAGCGAGUCCCAGUUGUGUACACUGCUCCUUGCCUGUCCUAACCUUCAUGACCUGAGGCUGGGUAACUUCCAGACCCAGGGUCAGAUACACCCCAAGAUGGAGGUUGUCAUUGGCAACCUCAAGAAGCUCAAGACCCUUCACAUCUACAACACCAACUACAGUCCUGACAUCCCUGAAGAAGACAAGACCAACCACCGCUGGAAGACCAUCCCGCAGAGCGACAGGCCCAUCAAGAAUAUUGUCCGCACCGGUCAUGGCGUCAACCAGGCGCGACUUCAGGCUGUCAUCGGACGGUCAGCUGGCGUCAUCGAGGUCCUGAUGCUCCAGUACCCCAAGAUCCCAAACCGUCCUCUCGAGUUGCGUGCUUCGGACGCCAUUGAUCAACCCUAUGUCAAGUUGACCCAUCUCGACCUCCAAGUUGUCCUAUCGCCCAAUUCUCUGGCCAUAUUACGCGAGACCAUGCCACAGCUCAACCUCACUCAUCUGGGAGUCAACUGCCACUCCAAGGAACUCCUCAAGCAUGUCAAAUUCGAAACCCUCACGUCGAUUAGCUUGACAGACUUGAGCGAGGCAGACCUGAGUCAUAUCAGAAGCGAGUCACUCAGGAACUUUCGAUCCUGGAAAAUCAAGACCAUCCGCCUCCGCGACAUCGACAACAUCGAGGCUCUCAUGUUCCUCCUAGCACUCCCCAUGCGGCGCAUCUUUUUGAGCAAGCCCUCGAUCGCGUCCCUAAAGGGGAUACUCACCCAUCUCGAUUUCUCUGAACUCGAGGUCCUAUCGAUCCUGACCCCGGAAUACGAUUGGUCAACCGAGGCGAUCCUGGCCACCCAAGCUGCAAAGUUCAACGACCGCAUGAAGGUCGAAUUGUGUCGACCUCAUCACGACUUCAAGAGCGACAUCUAUGACGAAAAUGCCCGACCCUUGGUCGGCACCAAUAAGAAACUUGCGCGUGGACGUGUCGAAAUCCUGUCGAUCUUCCUCCAGCACGAGCGAUACAUCCAGGCCAUUCUUCCGGCUCAUUCUAUCGGCAAAUAA